UAUGAUGCGUAAUUUCUCCACCCGCACAUUGUUUUAUCAGAUACGAAGCGUAUGCUACGUACUCUUUGUUCACCAAGGAUUGUAGGGACAGAAAUUACAGUGUUGUCAGUGAAAAUGUUGUUUUAAUUAUUUUUACCAGCUGAAAUGAACGUGUAUUAGAUAUGGGCGAGAGAACACCGGAAAUUCUUUAUAAUCGAUGCUGGUCUUUAGUGCCUUUAACACAGAGACGCUCAGAAACCCGUGCCCUGGAAAUGAACAGCCAAUAAAAUAGUUAAUAGUUAAUUCUGUAAUAAACACCUAAUAAAAGGACCGUAUUUAUGGUGCGCUGUGAAAGUUUGGUGAGGAGCUUCGUGACAACAGCGCCGCCAGGCAGGCAUGAGCAGAGCCGAUUCUGCAGAAAAUGAGGAUUGGACGUGAGCUACGUGCGCAUCCAGGAGUAGACGACAUGACAUGGAGAGACUGGAAAACACGGACCUUUUAAAAACGCACGGACGCGAGAGUAUCUGCUCCCCGCAAGAGAGAGUCGCCAAUGGCUGUUGUGAUGCUCACGCAGUGAAUACAAUGGUUCUGAACGCGACCACAGCAGAGGAGCUUACGCUUCUGAAGGAGUCCAAGAGCGGCUUGCCGUUGUAUAACGGUGGAGGAGUGGUGUCCCCUUCACCUACAGCAGAAGAAAGUUAUCGUGAGGUCCCUGCGCAGACGCAAAGCGGGUGUUUACAUCUAAAUGGACUGGUGGAGACCCCCAAUGGGGGCCUCACAGCUAAUGGGGACAGGACUUUGGACAGGCCUUUGAAGAAACCUUGUGGAGAUGUGCGAUUCAGACAACUCCAGCAUCAGAGGAGAAAAGAUGAGGAAAACCGAGACUUUGGGGCCCAUGGUGGUUGUCCCGCAUCGGGGUCCGGAUCUAGCGGCUCUUCGGAAACGUCCCACGGACCGGACCCUUCUUAUUCUCCGCUUGAAUUCAAAAGGAGAAGGCUUGAAUUGGACUCCAAAACAGACUCUAGUAAAAGCACAUGGGCUGUUGCGCCCCUCGCAGCAAAUCACCAACACAAAAACUGUGGCGGCUCCGUGUCGUCGCCCGGUUGGGUCUAUCACAAUGGACACAAAGUUGCAGUGAACCUGGCCGAGGUGCACUCUGCUCCGCCUGCGGUGGCCACCAGUGCAGAUUGGUCUCCUGAGCACAUGGCUCAGCAGUACAUAGUUCCUUGCAUGAAGUUUUACGGCAUUUGCGUCAAAGAUGGCUUCCUGGGCGAUCAACUGGGCAGUAAGGUUCUGGAGGAAGUGGAGACUCUAAAUCACAGUGGGAAGUUCAGAGGCGGCCAGUUGGUCAGCCAAAAGAACAUCCCCUCUAAGAACAUCCGUGGAGACCAGAUAGCCUGGGUCGAAGGCAACGAGCCGGGCUGCGAGAACAUCGGGAGCCUCAUGGCUCACAUUGAUCAGGCCAUCAUGCGCAGUGCGGCCAAUGGACAGCUGGGGAAUUAUAUCAUAAACGGCCGCACCAAGGCCAUGGUUGCGUGUUACCCUGGAAACGGAACAGGAUACAUGCGACAUGUGGACAAUCCUAACGGCGACGGACGCUGCAUAACCUGCAUCUACUAUCUGAACAAGAACUGGGAUGCGAAGGUUCAUGGAGGUUUAUUGCAGAUCUUCCCCGAGGGUCGUAAUGUUGCAGCCAACAUCGAGCCUCUGUUUGACCGUCUGCUCAUUUUCUGGUCAGAUCGCCGGAACCCACAUGAGGUGAAACCAGCUUUUGCCACUCGCUAUGCCAUCACUGUUUGGUACUUUGAUGCAAAAGAGCGUGCUGAAGCGAAGGAGAAGUACAGACUGGCUACAGGACAGAAAGGAGUUAAAGUGCCCGUCACACAAAGCAGCAAGACCUGAAUCUCAGUCAUUCGAGUGAACACUCAAGUGUCCUGUUUAUGUGUGGGGCAGCCCGUGCCGCCACGCGAUUGGCUGUUUUCAAGAGAAGAUGCAAGAAACCCAACAAUCACGGCUCUUUCUGUGGCCUCAAACAUCCAACAAGAAGUUUGAUUUGAUUGGGUGGGACUGUCUGUAAAUUUGAUUGGGACUGUCUGUAAAUGAACACCAUAAACAAACUUGAUGGUCACAGCUCUGAAAGGCUGGCAGGAUUGGCCGAUUUUCCUCAUCCCGUGGAAAGUCAACAGUGGAAACAUCACAACACUACACCUCUGUGUGUAAGUGGGUAGAUGAGAUUUUCCAGUGGCCUUUGUCAUAUCCUAUUUAGCCCCACGAAUGUGUAACCAGCUUAACACUGAGAUCUGACUUAAGCGAACGCUCAACUAAAUCAUGAACACUGACACAGAAUAACCAACAAUCACAUUAUACAUGAAUGCUUUGGUAGACACAAUCCCUUACGAUUGAGCCUGAGCCCUAGGAAACAUUCAGGGUGAAUUCAUUCAGAAUGAACAGCGCCCUCUGAUGGCGUCAGUUUUCACGCAAUGCUUUGUUCACGGAAAUCCAGUAGCACCACAAAAAUGUUCGCAAUAAGCAAUUUUGCUUGCAACGGUUUGCAGCAAACCUUAGGGCCGUUCAUUUAGAACGUAUUUUUGCAGUCCGUCUUCGCUAUUUUUUUAAGUGUUGUCCUCGCCAUUGCUUCAUAUUUCGGUGUAUUUUCAGAGAUUCGCUCCACGAGAGCUGCAUUUUUAAGAUGCAUCCAGACUGUGUCCCGUGUGAAUGGCCGUGACCUCAAUUUGUAAUACUUUGCUGGGACUGUACAUUGGGAUGCAACAAAAAUAAAAUUCUGGCCGAUAAUGAAAAGCGAUAAUUGUUGUCUAAUUAUAAUCGUAUGUUAUAACCGAUAACCGAUAAAUGGAUAUAAAUAUUAAAAUUCUAUAAUAUUUUGUAACAAUACGUUAAAAAUAAA